AAGGCGGCUAACGAGAUGAAGCCGGGCGUCCACGUGGCGGAUUACGAGCCGCGAGAAGAAGGUAAAGGGAUUAGACCCUAAACAGAAUCCGCUGUCGUAACCUCAUCACUGUUGCCGCUCUGACGGGAAGAGACCCGAGGUCCAGCCGGGAUUCCGGGAGUGUCCCACCCUCCUCUUUCUCACCCGCUUCGCUCCCUCUGCUCGUCCAUCCAUGCAGCCGUUUCUACCGGCCACUGGGAUCCCACCGAGGCACCCAGGAACUUAGACAACAACUCGGACGGCAUUCAUUAGGAUAUUUCUACACACUCUGCAAGAAGAGGCAUCCUGGACAUCUUGUAUCAACACCUUGGAAUUUAACGCAUCAUGCUUUUUAAAUUAAUACUAUUCCUCUUCAUUUGGUGUCCGCUGGGCCUCCAAGCAAGUCAAGUUAAAGACAUCCAGCACCACGGUAUUUCCGGGCUCCGGGAUGUUAAGUAUCGGCACUUUCUAGAAGCUUCUAGAUUGACAAAAUACAACAGUAACAAAGCGAGCGAGGAAGGACAUCGGAGGAAGAGGUCGACCAUUUUCACCACUGGUGUCAAAGUAUGUCCCCAGGAGACCAUAAAAGCUGUCAUCGGCAGCCAUCGAGCAUACUAUAAACUCCGAGUUUGUCAGGAAGCCAUUUGGGAGGCUUUUCGCAUUUUCCUGGACCGGGUGCCAAGCACUGAGGAGUACGGAUCUUGGGUUUACACCUGUCAACAUGAAAACCUCUGUAUGGACGAUCUGGCUCAGAACUUCAGCAGUUCUCAGGAGCAUCUGGACAUGGUGGCCCGAAGAGUGGCCGAGCAAGCUGAACUUAAAGGUGUUGUCGUGGAAACAGCGGCACCAAGGGUGGAAUGUGACUUAAAAACAAGCACCAGGACCCCCCCAGUGAUUCUCAUUCCAACAGAAGCUGAAGAGAUGAAAGAAAAGCCGAAUAUGAUAAAAGAAAGCUAUGGGGAGUACAUUGUAGAAUUCAACGCGACCAUUGUGGAGCCAUCGUACAUCGAGUUGCUGCAUAACCCCCAGGCAGCUGAUGCUGAUGACAUCACCGGAGAAAUAACAGACAAGAUACUUCAUGCACUUAAAAAAAUUGCAGGAUUCAAAGAAAUUCGCAUGUUGGAAUUCAGGUCACAGGAUGCCAUUCUCCAUUAUGCUGUGGUCUUUAAUGGAGACACGGAACAGAGUGAUGAACCGGGACCUCCAGACGGACAGACACAUGUGGAUGCUCUGAAACUGAGACAAAUGAUAGUGAAAGCUUUACAAAAGGAGCCAUCACUUCCGCUGGACAUACAGUAUCUCACCUUUGAAGUUGUAACUACUGCUUACCCAGAUGCCGCUCUCAGCAUGUACACCACUGGGAGCGGGGAUGCCAUCAAGGUCACUGAAGAGAACAUCACACCAAAGUUCUUCCCCACAGUGGCAGCGACAGAAAAUGCAUUUGAAAGUACCACAAUUCAACCUCAAAUACACAUCUCGGUGCCUUCCUUACUGACCAUCCUCCCAGAAUCCACCUCUGAACCUACAACCACUGAUGAGGUGCCAGUGGCAGCAGCAGUGGAGGAUGUCUCCGGAGGUGAUCCUUCGGGGGAGAUGACUGACCUCAUCAUGGCAGAUACAACACCGGAGGCCAUCCUAGAACAAGGACAAGAGGCGAGGGUCAUUGACACAAGUACAAUGGAAGGUAACAGUGGAGAACCUGAAGGGGCAGACACAAGGGAGAAUGAUUCGUCAUCACCAGACUCCAAUCCUGAAAUGCUGAUCAUUGAUGAAGCUCACCUCUCUGGCACAGAAUCCGAGUUGUUGUCACCUGAGGAUGUUAACAUAGGCAUGGAACCAGAGCCUGACCUGCAGCCUAUACCGUCACUUGAGGGCAAAGAUGACGCCCCUAUCGAGUUUACCAAUGAAGUGACAAGCGUUGCCGCCACCAAAGCCUCCAUUGAUGUUUCCAGUGUAGCAAACUCUUUCAAUGAAGUAGUCAGGAAUAUAGUUAAUGAAGUUCCCAGUGAAGCCUCUAUCAAAAUACCUAAUGUUGUCGCCAGUGAAAUUCCCAGUGAGGCCUCUAUCAAAAUUUCUAAUGAUGUCGCCAGUGAAAUUCCCAGUGAGGUUCCAACCAACUUCAUACAAGACCCUAGUGACACUUCUAGUGAUACCUCCAGUGAAGCUCCAAUGGAAGUCCCCAAUGAUGUGUCCACCAAUGUCCCCAGUGAAGCUUCCAGGGAGCUUCCCAACGAAAUCUCUACUGAAGCCACCGCUGAAGUAUUCAGUUUCCACAAUAUCCUCAUUGAAUCCACCACUGAAGCUCCCAUGUAUGUUCCUAGUGCACCCACCAUUGAAGUCAUCAGUGAACUCCCAAGUGAAGCCCAAAGUGGGCUCCAAGUCGAAGUCUCCAGCGAUGUCUCAACUGAAGCUGCCAGCAUGACCCACAAUGAAGCUCCGAGUGAAGUCUUCAGUGAAGCACCCAGUGAGACCCACAGUGAAACUGCCAGCAUUGCUCCCACUGAAGUCCCCAAUGAAGUCUCCAGUGAAGGUUCUGUGGAGGUCCCCAGUGAAGCUCCUAAACCAGUCCCCACGGAACCACUUAGUGUCUCCAGUGAAAUACCAAGUGAGACCCCUGGGGAAUCUCCAAGCGAACCCCCUACCCCAGUCCCAAGCGAAAUACACGAAGUCGAGUCAAGUGGAAUGAUCCCAGCUUUGGUGGAGCUUCCUUCAGAAAACUCUAACGUCCAGGACGAUGUAGAGUCAAACCAGGGUGGGACAGAAAUGACCGAGCCACUGGAAGAGGACAUCAGUAGUGUUAGAUACCCUUCCGAGACUGACCAGCGGUCCACAGCCGCUCCAGCCUCAAGACAAGCCAGCACUCCUGUGCUGGCCGCGAUACGGCAGAGCAGAGAGUUAGUAGUUUUCUUUAGCUUGAGAGUGACGAACAUGAUGUUUUCUGACGACCUGUUCAACAAGACCUCCCCAGAAUAUAAAUCACUGGAGAACACCUUUCUGGAGCUGACUCAACACUCUGGGCCCAGAAAGCCGCCAAAUCCUGGAGCAUCCAGUAAAUCUGGGCCUAGGAGACAGACGACUUUAGCCUCCAUACCGCUUUUACCCUACCUUGAGUCCAAUCUGACCGGAUUCAAGCAACUGGAAAUCCUCAACUUCCGCAAUGGCAGCGUGGUGGUGAACAGCAGACUGAAGCUGGAGAAAGAAGUGCCGUACAACGUGACUGAGGCGGUGCAUUGUGUUCUGGAAGACUUCUGUAGCGCCGCAGCCAAACGUCUUGACAUUGAGAUCGAUAGCCGCUCGCUGGAGAUAGAACAAGACGACGAAGCGGACCCGUGCAAGUUCCUGACCUGUAAUGAGUUUUCACGCUGCGUGGCGGACAUUUGGAACAACGAGGCCGAGUGUCUGUGCGACCCGGGCUACAGCUCUGUGAAUGGCCUUCCGUGUCAGAGCGCAUGCGACCUGCAGCCAGACUACUGCCUCAAUGGAGGCUCGUGUGAAAUUAUCCCCGGCCAUGGAGCCACAUGCAGAUGCCCUGUAGGCAAAUACUGGCACUACCAUGGGGAGCGCUGCAAAGAGCUGGUUUCGGUACCAUUCGACCCGUCGCUAAUUGUAACCUGCCUCGUUGGGAGCCUCUGCCUCAUUUGCGCCAUCAUCGGUAUCCUGGUGUUCGUUAACAAGAAGUACACAGCAACGAGGAAGGCGGUGACUUUGGUGCACAGCCUUGCUCCCUAUCCUUUUGAAAAUACUUUGAGGGUCAACCCAGUAUUUGAGAAUGACGAUGGCAUCUUAAGCCAAGUGUCCACACUGCCGUAUCCCACCAGUUUGGCCUCGUCUGGCUCUCAUCAUUCUGAGCAGGAAGUGUAUGCCUCAGUUGAAAACAUACAUCUCAGUAUCGAGAUCCCCAGACAACUCUACACCACAAGAUCCGAAAAGUUAAUAUCGGAGUUGGUGGACUUCCAUCAAUGCAUUCCGCACAAUGAGACGUGGAGGCUGCCAAAUGAAUACAGAUCGUGUUUUCUUCUGUGGACAUCAGACGGCGAAGGCAGUGAGGCCACCAUGGUGUGAUGGCGCGUCCCUGGGUCACCGUUGCUACGGCAACAUAGCGAGCAAAGGAUCUCCCCAAAGUCCCCGUAAAGUAUUAGAUGAUGAAUUGUUCAUAGUGAUGAAUGUGUCUUGUUAGACAGCGCUAUGGAUAUUCCAAUGUGUGCGGAUUGCCGUUGUUUUCACGUGGAAUCGAAUAUUUAUUACAUAAAAUGAAUGGUAGGAAAAUUGCCUGUAUGGCUAUUCUUCCCUCACAAUGAGGUAUUUAUUAUUUAUAGUGACACACUUGGUGGUAUUUUAUUUUAGACGUUCUUUUUAUGCGCAAUUGUUCCGCCUCCAAAAUUACAGAAAAAAUUAUAUCUUAAAA